UUUGGACAACGUGCCGUAGCACCGCAAUAAGCACAGAACGCCCACUGCCCCGCUAUUACGCCGGCCAUCUUGCAGUUCGAGUAAUCGGUACCAAAGGCGUGUGUUCCUGGGCGUGCCCCUCUCGCCACAAACGCCACCAUUCCCCCCAUCGACUGCCAGCGACAUUGACAAGGUGGGACAGCGCCCCAUCCACCAUCUCCCAUUCAAUCCUGCAACAAUGGAGUCGGAAAUCAGAACACAGAUCCCCAACAUCGACCCGGUCCUGUCCGAGUACUCGGCGGGCUACCUGACGCAUGCUGCCAACCAGUUCACGUCUGAUUCGGACCCUAACGCCCCUUCACCGCUGGACGAAGCCGCGGCCACUGUGAGCGCACUGCUCUUAUCCGCGUCCGGGGAUGUCUCGACCGACAACCAGGCAGCCAUCCAGAAUCUUGUUGACAAGUUCAUUGCCCGUUUGAGCUCAGCCAAUGGCGCCAACGGGGAGCGUCGCCAGAUGGCGCCUUCUGCCAAGAAGCUCGAUCAGGCUAUUCACGUGGGGUCCUCGAGGAACAUGUCGUCGACCAUGGGUCUAGCAGGCGGUGUUGUAGAUCUCGAGUCUGCCAACACCCGCAAAGUUGAGUCUAGGGUCGAUCGUAAGAAGCUUGAGAAAGCCGAACGCAAACUGCGUGCCAAGCAGGACCGUAAGGAGUUCAAGAAUGUCGAAUACGAGGCCUCGAAGCUUCUCAACGAGCCCAAUGAGACGCAGAGCUACGAGGAGUUCUACAUGGCCGUCAACCCGCUGCAACUGGGCGAUUCCGCCAAUAAGAGCAAAGACAUCAAGAUUGAUAGCUUUGAUCUUUCUAUGCCUGGCCUGCGUAUCCUGACUGACAGUUCUCUGACGCUUGCGUACGGCCGAAGAUAUGGUCUUGUUGGUCAGAACGGCAUUGGUAAAUCGACAUUGCUGAGGGCACUUUCUCGUCGAGAGGUGGCCAUUCCAACGCAUAUUUCGAUUCUCCACGUAGAACAAGAGAUCACCGGUGAUGACACACCAGCACUGCAGGCUGUAUUGGAUGCCGAUGUGUGGCGCAAGCAUCUCCUCAAAGAACAAGAUAAAAUCUCCAAGGAGCUUGCCGAUAUUGAAGCUGAGCGGGCUACCAUGGCAGAUACUUCAGCUGAUGCUGCAAGACUAGACCAACAGCGCGAGGGUCUUGAUACUACCCUGAGUGACAUUCACGCUAAGCUUGCAGAGAUGGAGUCCGAUAAGGCUGAAUCCAGAGCUGCCAGUAUUCUUGCUGGUCUCGGUUUCUCACAAGAGCGCCAGCAGUUUGCCACAAAGACGUUUUCCGGAGGAUGGCGAAUGCGAUUGGCAUUGGCGCGUGCCCUCUUCUGCGAACCUGACUUGCUUCUUCUCGACGAACCGUCCAACAUGUUGGACGUUCCCUCCAUCACGUUCUUGGCAAACUAUCUGCAGAGCUAUCCAAGCACUGUCCUCGUCGUAUCUCACGACCGAGCGUUCCUAAACGAAGUCGCCACGGACAUUAUCCACCAGCACUCUGAGCGUCUUGACUACUACAAGGGUGGCAACUUUGAUUCCUUCUAUGCGACCAAAGAAGAGCGGCGCAAGACGGCAGCGCGAGAGUACGAGAAGCAGAUGGCCGAACGGGCGCAUUUGCAGGCUUUCAUUGACAAGUUCCGUUACAACGCGGCCAAGUCUUCGGAAGCUCAGUCGAGAAUUAAGAAGUUGGAGAGGAUGCCUGUCCUGACGGCCCCCGAGGCCGAGUACUCUGUCCACUUCAAGUUCCCCGAGGUGGAGAAGCUGUCGCCUCCGAUCAUCCAGAUGAGCGGCGUGACAUUUGGAUACACGCCAGACAAGAUUCUGUUGAAGAACGUAGAUCUUGACGUGCAGCUUGACUCGCGUAUCGGUAUUGUCGGGCCCAAUGGUGCGGGCAAAACGACUGCACUGAAGCUGUUGAUUGGCGCACUGCAACCAACCACGGGCAUCAUCUCGCAGAACCCGCGACUACGCGUGGGUUUCUUCGCACAGCAUCACGUCGACGCAUUAGACCUGAAUGAUAGCGCCGUGGGAUUCAUGUCCAAGAAGUACCACGGAAAGGCAGAUGAAGAGUACCGCCGCCAUCUUGGCGCUUUUGGCAUUACGGGCAUGACGGGUCUGCAGAAGAUGGCACUGCUAUCUGGAGGACAAAAGUCGCGUGUCGCGUUUGCAUGCCUGGCCCUCCAGAACCCACACAUCCUGGUGCUGGACGAGCCGUCGAAUCACCUGGAUAUUGAAGCUAUGGACGCGCUGUCAGACGCAUUGAAAAACUUCCAGGGCGGUGUGCUCAUGGUCAGUCACGACGUGACGAUGCUGCAGAACGUAUGCACAAGUUUGUGGGUGUGCGACAAUGGAACGAUUGAGCACUUUGACGGCACAGUAAAGGACUACAAGCGACGCAUCACUGCACAGGCAAAUGAGGCGGGUGUCACGGAUGCAACGACACGCAAUCCUGGGUUCGAUUGCAGUCUGUGUAUAGAGUAUAUACAUACCGUACAUAGACAGGCGGCUCUGCGGCCUGGACAAACAUGUGACGACGCGCCUGUUGGGCUCCGCGUCCAACAUCGACGACUGUCCGUCACCCGCUCCACCUCUGCCACCAGCACGACCGAGCAAGUCCACUCUCGCCUCCUUCACCCUUUCGCUGCCCCCCGCCUGCCCAUCGCCUGUAGAUCCAUGCGCGCUGCUCGCGCUUGCCCCUUCGCAACUUCAUCACCUGUGCCGUCCAAUACUCUCACAGCUACCGGCACCUUGUCUCGCACGCAGGCUCCCGACCCAGACGGCUUGUCCGUAGUCACUCAUUUGUCUCCGACUCGCAGCAAUCGCUCUCCGUCUGCCUCGCCGUAUCUCGUCACUGCUCCCGCAGAGAGCGCCUCGGAAUCACCCACAGCCGGCGAAUCACCAUAUCCCCCUCCCUUCUCUUCUCUCUACUUCCCGUCUGAGGACGCCGAGGAACGCAACAAGUCCCGAGAAUCCCCAGAGGACGACUCGCCGCCUGCAUUCACCUCUGCGCCGCCCUUUACCCAGUCGUCGUCUUCGGCUGCCGCUGUAGCUGCUACCAAAGCUGCGCUUCCAAACGACACCAAGGACGGCUCCAGCAGCAAGGACAUUGACGACGGAGAACCACCGCCACCUUACAGUGAAGGAUUCAGCCCGCUCGAGUCGUUUACCUACGUCAUGGCAUCUGCAGGAGGUCCCGCGAGUAUCAUUACUCAGGUCUCGCAAACAAGCGCCGGCCCGCCCAUCAACACGCUCGGUGGAUCUGAUGAGAACAUUACGUUGGAGUUGAGGGGCACGCGAUUCACUCUGUCGCGUGAUGAGCUUCUAACCCUUCCCGAGUUUGUUCUCCUCUCGCUCUUUCCCAAUGGCCUGCUUCCUGAUGGCCACAUGAACUCCUAUCAUGAAGGAGACGUUUAUCCAGUCGACGUUGGUACCCCCGUUUCUUCUUCCUCGUCCCCUCCCUCUCCCCCAGCUUCACCGGCCACAAUAGCCAGGAUCCUAGACCAUCUUUCCAAUCCCGCAUUAUACUUAUCUGACAAUCUCUAUUCUUCACAGUAUGAUCCCAAUUCUUUGCAGUAUAUGCUGGAGUUCUUCCGCAAUGUAGCUCAGACCAUCCCCGCACCGCCUUCCCCUACGACCACGCCAGAGCACCCUGCCGAAGCCGUGCCUAUCGAGCCCAUGCACGGCUCUGCAAGAGACAUGCUCCAGGACCGCGCUGGUAUCAUCGUUCUCCGCGAAGACCUUGACUUUUAUGCCAUCCCGCCACACCGAGACAUCACCCAACCGGAGAUGAUUGAGGUCAAGCGCGCUGCAGGUGAAGCGUUGUUACGACAAGACGGCAUCUUUUCCGGACUCCGGAAGAGCGAGGAACCAGGCACGACUGAGCAGCACCUGAUUGAGAUGUUGACUGCAGGCGGCUUCAACCAUGAUGAUCGAUGGGGCCACCGUGCCGGCGAACCCAACAAGGCCGUCAUCUGCAGUAUCGCUCUUGCACGCUUGAGGACCGACAUCAAAGGCAACGAUCUUGCUAACAGCAACGCUGUCGGAAUGGCGCAGAAGCUGCUUCUCUUCUGGAGGAAACCGGCUCGUCGCUGCUGGUGGGAGGGAGUGGAGCUCGAGAACGUUAGAGGCGUCGAGGGCAAGCUCAAGGUGUGGAUAAGGCGGGUUUGGACGCUAGAAAUGAGCGUUAUUGGCCUUCGUUAAAAACCGCUCUAUCUCUCUCUUCCCCCGUUCUUUCUGGCAACUUUAAUCAUUGGUAGUGGUUCUCUUGUGUUCGUUUCCCUUUUGAUGUGUCUUACUCUUCGGCCAUCAAAAAACUCAUUUUGUAACUGUCGACGAAGAAAAAGCAUCGGCUAGGUUCUUGCACCUCCCCCCAUCGUUGUUUUUACUUUAUCGUGUGUGUUUUUUUGAUACCUCUCUCUCUAUUACAUUGGAACCGUUUGGGCUCCCGUACUUACUACAUACUCAUACUUACUUUACUACUUGUCUUCAUCUUGUCUGGUCUGUGUGUG